CUAGCCCAUAGGAGCAGCAGGUGGCGGAGGUAGUCAGGUUAGGUAGUCAGUGUAUAUUUUGCGAAUGAGCGCAGGUGUAGUCACUAGUUAGUCGCAGGUGCGUACGGACCCACUGCGCGAGGUGUGCGUGCGUCGCUCGUGACCCUCGGCUUUCAUUCUUGUGGAGAUCGUGAUCGGGUAAAUGUUCCCACAGUGAUGGUGGCAAAAAAGUUGGUGUUCUGGUUUUGUUGACGAAGGACUGGUUCUAGGAUCGUCAAGGACGCCCCGAAAAAGUUUGAGAUAGUUGUAGAAAAGCGUUACUUGUGCUGCAGCCUCUCUCGCUCACGUCGCCCAGGUAGUGCGGGUGGUGGAGAUAACAUAAGGCCACCCACGUCUGCAAACUGGCAGAGCGAGACAAAAGAAGUCGCAAAUCUUCAUCUUCAGCACAGCGCCGCCGCCUCACAGCCGCACCAACAGCCGCAGCAUCGCCCGCCGGUCGCCACAGAUGCUCAUUCCUGAAGUCGGAGGUCAGCCAACAGCCUUUUCUGUGCCUUCCACCUCCUCCGCCGGCAGCUGGCAGCCCCCCACCAUGACGGCGCUGCCCCCUGCUCUGCCGUACUACGCGCCAGGUAGUCGGGAGAUGUACAGCCCGGCGCGCCCUGGUUCUUCCGCCACAGACUGCCGUCGUGUCGUCGCCUGGAGGAGGCGUCGCGCCCAUGGAGGGCAUACGGUACCCUCCUCCCACCGCCGCGCUGCAGCCGCAGCGGCCCGUCACUACGACCUGGCACAGCACGUCCUCUCACAGCACACAGCGGCCAUGGCCAAGCUCCUCGGCACCAUCCGGCCCCCCGGCAUGAUCGGGGGCUCGAAGCCGAAGGUGGCGACGCCGCAGGUGGUGAACAAGAUCGAGCAGUACAAGCGCGAGAAUCCGACCAUCUUCGCGUGGGAGAUUCGCGAGAAGCUGAUCUCGGAGAGCGUUUGCACCAACUCCACCGCUCCCUCCGUCUCCUCCAUCAACAGAAUCCUCAGAAACCGCGCCGCGGAGCGCGCCGCGGCCGACUUCGCGCGCGCCGCGGGAUACGGGCUGUACAACCCCUACGCUGCGGCCGCCUCCAUGCCGUGGGCCAACCCCGCCGCAGCCGCAGCCGCGGCCGCCGCCUCGUCGCCCAUCUGGAGUGCCGCCGGAGUGCCGCACCCGGGCAUCCCUUCGGCCGCCUACUCGCCCUCCGCCGCCGCCGCCCUCGGCCUCCACCCCGCCCACGCCGACAAGCUGAACCUCGCGCCCUCCGUGCAGCCGCACCUCGACCACAGACCAGAAGACGUCGACUGCAGCGAGUCCCGAGGCGAGGGCUCCAGUAGCGACUGCGGCGACGACCGGCCGCCCACCGCCUCCUCCGCCCCUCCCACGCCCGCUUCGCCCACCUCCUCUUCCACGCCCGCGCCCACCAGCAAGAGCAAGAUCAGUUUCAGCGUCGAGUCCCGUCUCCUGGCCUCCCCGCCGCCCUCCUCCGCCCACCAGGGCCCCACGCCCGCAAGCCCAGCGCACCCUACGCCCACGACCCCCGGCCAGCCUACCCAGCCCACGCCCGAGGUUGGCCCCUUGGUCGCGCGGGCGGUGCCGGGCUGGCGCUAUCCCCGGUACCACCCGUGGCUGCACAACCUCACCCGGUAGAGCCAGGGGGCGAUCGCGCCCACGCCCGCGCGGCCACGGCGCCCCGACGCGCCGCCCAUCUUCACAGAACGCUAAACCUCAUAACUACAAACCUCAUUACUCGAAACUAAAAUCAUGUAAACCCAUAUUCUAAUAACAAAAAUGACAAAAAAUAACUCAUAACCAAAAAAAUAAAUAAAUGUCGAUUUUUUUUUUACGUACAAGAGAGAUGAAAAUCCUCUGUCUGUAAUAAUCAAAAUAACGUCCUGAUCAAAGUUAUCCUUGUCACGAACAACGUCUGUUACGAGAAAAUCCAGUUGUUCAGCACCAGUACAAGAACAGCAGAGGAACACCGACCACCCGUUCACAUGUACAGUGAAGAACGCUCGCGAACAAAGCUCACGUCAUCGAAACGAACAACGCACAACGAACACCGUAAACAGACAUCGAACCAAAAGCAUAGAAAACGAAGCCCAGCGAACAGACCGACAUCUAAGUUCGGUAGCUCGUUUAAAGUAAACAAACAACAAAAAAAAGUCAGUUUAUUAAAUAACUUCUAACACACCAAUGAAUUUCCCUUUACAUCUGUAACUGCGCAGGGAACGCUAAGAAAAUAAUAAUGAAGCUAAUCAUUUGCAUUCAGCCUACAUAGAAGGAUUUGUGCUGGUAAUGAUCUUGUUCCUGAUUGGACAACAUAAUGGAGUGGGCGGUGCCAAUUGUGCGUUCCUCCUGAUUGGCUGAACUGCGAGAAAAACAAAAGAAGGAGGCGAGAAGCAGAGCGAAGAACACAGAGACAAAGAAUUAAAAAAAAAAACACACUAGGUAGCCUACAAAAUAAAAUAAUAAAUAUUAAACAAUAACAACAACGCAAAAAGAUACGUGUUAUAAAACUUAUAUAUUUACAAGGAUAUGUUUUCUUUUUGCAGACAAGGAUAACAAUAAAGACCGGACAAAGUGACAAAAAUGACGAAUGUGCGCCAAAAUGAUAACAUCCUAUGAUAUUCUAGGACCACAUGAACAUUAUUAUCUUUCGUUCCAUUCCAGUGUUAUUGAAGUUAUUACUAUAUGUUUUUUUAUAUACAAAUAUAUUAUUAGAUAGACAUUAGAAAAAGAGAUAAAAUGAAAUCAAGAAUUUUUUUUUUGUCUUGUGCCCUUACACAUAAGAGGUUACACGAUUUUCAAAAAGCGUGUUUCCAGUCGCUAGUCUGUAAGUGGACCAAGUACGUUUCUUAAUUAAUUAUUAUCAUUAUUAUCUUUAUUAAUUAUUGUAUUUUACCACAAAAAAGAACCUGUUAAAUAGACUGUAAGCUGUGUAAAUAAGUUGUAUCUUGUAAGUGUUUUUGUAAAGAAAUGAAGUAAGCCUGUGUAAUGUAAGAAUUCUGUACAUAAUUUGCGUGCCAACCUUUAGUCCUUUUGUCCACGGCUAUUAUUUAAAUACACUGAGAAAAAUAAA